ACCCAAUUAAAAAAAACCCUAGUCCAGAAAGAGCAGUUAUAAAAGCAUCAUCUUGAAAACCCUAAUUUUAGUUCUCUGCCGUUCCACACGUUUGACCUCCAAUUCCAUUCCUGAGUGAGGAGAGAGAUGACGACUCGAUUGAAGAAGAACAGGAAGAAGAGAGGACACGUGUCAGCAGGACACGGUCGUAUCGGAAAGCACAGAAAGCAUCCAGGUGGACGUGGUAAUGCCGGAGGUAUGCACCACCACAGAAUCCUGUUCGACAAGUACCAUCCCGGUUACUUCGGCAAAGUCGGUAUGCGUUACUUCCACAAACUCAGGAACAGGUUCCACUGCCCCAUCGUCAACAUCGACAAGCUUUGGUCAAUGCUUCCUGAAGAUGUCAAGGAGAAGGCUUCCAAGGAAGGCAAGGCUCCUGUCAUUGAUGUUACCCAGUUUGGUUACUUUAAGGUUCUUGGUAAGGGUGUUUUGCCUGAUUCUCAGCCUAUUGUUGUUAAGGCUAAGUUGAUUUCUAAGAUUGCUGAGAAGAAGAUUAAGGAGAAUGGCGGCGCUGUUCUUCUUACUGCUUAGCUUCUUUUUAUCUUUUGUUUAUGCAAUUUUGUCAUAGGAAUGUUAUCCAGGGUUUUAAAUUUAGAUCUGGAAUUUGAGGACUCUUUUUGUUCUUGUUUCAUAUUCAUUUAAUGAUAUGAGCUAUUAUUUGACCA